GGGAGCUCGGGAAGCAUGGGGCCUGCAAUGCGGAGGCCACUGCCUCGCGUGCGCCCCCUGCCGGGGGACUCGUACCUGUCCUUCUGGGGUGGAUGCCAGCUUUUCCCCGCUGCCGACCGCCCCCUGGUUCCAGCUUACGCCCCGUGCCGCCCUGGGCGCCUCCAGCGACACCUCCUGAGCGGCGAGUUCGACCAGCUGCGCGACUUCCCCAUCUUUGAGAGCAACUUCGUGCAGGUGACCCGGUUUGGAGAAGUCGCCAACAAGGUCACCAUGGGGGUGGCAGCCUCUAGUCCAGCCCUGGAGCUGCCAGACCUGCUGCUGUUGGCUGGCCCUGACAAGGAGAAUGGACACCUACAGCUCCUCGGGCUGUUCCCCUUGCAAUUCGUGCAGCUGUUUGUGCACGACGAGAGCCGCCAGCAGCUCAAGGUCAAGUUCCGCACGGGUCGUGCCUUCUACCUGCAGCUGCGCGCACCAGCGGAGACCCGUGACCGCGAGUUCGGUCGCUGGGUGCGUUUGCUCUACCGUCUGCGCUACCACUCGCCCGCCUGCGCCGUGCCCUUCACGCACGAGGACACCGUGCCUGAGGAGGACGAGGAGGAGGAGGAAAAGGAGGAGGAGGAGGAGGGCGAGGAGGGACAGCGGCCCCCGGAGCUGCAAGACACAGAGGUCAGACUGGACCCGCAGCUCUCAGAACUCUGGGGACUCUGAUUCACACCAGAUUGGCAAAGGACCGGAGAUGAAGACAGCUCAGCUCAGAGCCAGACAGAUGAAAUUUUGAAGUUAAUAAAUGUCAGGCUCUUAAGAACGAA